AUAAUUCUGAGAAGUAUAAAUAAUGUUUGAUAUUUAAUAGAUAUUUAAAACGAAUGCUUAUUUCAACUAUAGAAAAGGUUUUACAAAAAGAAAAAAAAAAUGAAAGUAUUUUGUUUGAUAUUACUCGUAACAUAUGUGGACAAAUUAGAAGCAGCUGGUUUGUGUUCUGGCCAAAAAAUGUGUCCAGAAUGUAAUGACACAAUAGUUGAUAAAGAAUUUCCUAUGUGUCUAACUUGUAUUUCUAAAGAUUCAGUUAUUAAAGAUAUACUCUCCAACGAUAAUUCAGACAAUUACGAAUGGAAUAAGUAUUUAAAUGAUCGUGUCGGUGAUGUUAUUAAUAUGAAUCCGUACAAACCUUUACCAACCUUAUCUCCUAUGAAAAACAAAUCUUCAUCAAGUAAGUGCAUAAAAUGUAAUAGUUUCAAAAAAUAUGAGAAUACGUGUGAAGAGUGUUUAAUAGAUGAUCAAAAAAAUCAAAAAAACAUUCAAAACCCAAGAUAUAAAAAUGAUAAUAAAUAGUUUAAGGCUAUUUCAUUAUUACAAAUUAUAUAUUUUGUAUCAUAAACAUUAUAAUCAUUGAUUUAUUAUAGUGUUUGUAUUUAAUCAAUAUUAUAAAUAAACUUUAAACGAUUGCUGUAAGUUCUUA